AUGGCGGCAAUGCGACCAAACAAACGAUUACAAGUAGGGUCGAAAGGAUGGUUAAUAGAGGAGCGAUCAAAUGCGCUACAGCUUGCGGAGACUGAGGCGGAAGAAUUUACAUUUGCUGCAAGGAAUGAAAUUGAAUGGUUGAAUGAACAUAUGGCGGAAAUCUUCAACAAGAACCAGGUAAACGUUGCCGAAAUAUUCAAAACACCUGGAAAGUUACGUGGGAAGACGCCUAGAACGGCUAGGAAGUUGAAUCAAUUGGAAGUGCGCGCGCAGCCAUUGUCCGAUGUAUUUUCAGCAACACCGCAAGGAGCUCCCAGCCCGUUUCGACAAACCCAUUACGAGCGAUCACCUCCAAAAUUUCGAGUGGCAGAGGACGCCCCAGCUGAACCUCAAGAGGAAGCCGCUCAGUCGCAACCUUCUCCCUCGCAACCUACCCCUUCACAUCGUCCAUCUAGCUCUGGUAUUUUGCAUAGUAGUGUCCAGCACAAAUCUUUUAAUAACGCGCUCGAUUCUGGAUAUUACGGAAGCCAGUUUGAGGAGGCGACCCAGUCUAACACUCAACUCACCGAACCAGCUUCAUUCACCUCAACCACACCCCGACCUCUUACAACCCCAGAAGAUACCAACGCAGAUAUAGAUACUGCAGAGAAUACUGAGGACGCAGAUAAGGAAAGCAAGUCCGAGGAGGCGUCACCUUCCGCGCGGGGUGCAACUCCGAACACUGAGCCUGAAGAGAGACGAGUCAUCGAGGACUCGUUUCAACCUGCACAAGAAGACUCGCCAAUAUUGGCCACUAUUGAGGUUGAACCAGAAGAAGAAAAAGAUCAACAAGUUGAAGAAGAACGUAAAGAAGAAGAACAUGGCCAAUUCAUUGGAGAUGUUGAGUAUCCAAAUCUCGAGUCGCCAACGCAGAAUCGGACCCCAGUCUACCAAUCGCCGGAAAAGCCUCCACAGCAGAAAUCUCCAUCCAAAUCUCCUGAAAAGCUAGAUUCUCCAUUGAAAAUAGAACCACGGUCAUCGCCGAUGCCUCAAGAUGAGGAUGAGCAGAUGGAUGAUGCUCCCGACGUUCAAUCUGCUUCCGAAGGAUCAAGUCCUAUACGCCCGAUCUUUCGCAAGAGCAGUUUGAAUUUCGCUUCCCUGCCUGCUCGAGAUUUGUCCAAGAAGAGUCUCGGGCAUCGUACGUCGCGAACGAGUCAUCUUGAGCAGACACGUACUAGUCAUUAUGGCCGACCAACGGGUGGAAAGAGUUUGGGUAAUGUUAAAGAAGACCUUGCAAACAAAGAUGAGGACGAAAUGGAAAUUGAUGAAAUGCAUGGCCCGACUGGACGGGAAGAAUCCGAGGCAGAAACGUUACUAGCACGCAUUCACAACAAGACUUCCACGCAGCGUCUUCAGGACCAGAUCAGCAUGCUUGGUCAGUCGCAACCUGCAACUAGGCCAGCAUCUAAGUCGCUUGUUGGUGGUGUCAUUGCCUCUCGACAGUCGACACAAGCGGUUCAACCUCCAACACCACAACGUGGGCAAGAAGAAUCAUCCUCACAACAAAAGAACAAGUCGUUCGCUACUCCAGGCGCCUUUCCAGAAGACGAAGAUAGCUGGAUUGGACCUCCAACGACAGCACUGAACGAGAAGUCUAUUUUUAGUCCUCGCCCAACAAUUGCCAAGACACACACCACAGAUGUAAUGGAGGGCAUACAUGACAAGGAGACUAUUAGUGGCUCAGAAUUUAUGAUUCCUAAAAGGGGUGAUGGAAGGCAAACAUCGCCCGUCCGAGAAGCGAAUGUACAGGGUCUAACUAAAUCUAUCUCGACUUCAUUCAUACCUUCCCAGAGGGGAGUUGAGUCACAAAGUCCUAACAAACUGACAUCAGUCUCCAAUCCAAAUCUUCCCAUUAGUACAAUUGAUGAAGACUCGACAACCCCUCCAAAAUCCCCUCCAAGGACUCUUCGGGGUAGCCCUUUGAAGGUUGCUAAAGAUAAGUUUUCUUCGAUACUCAAAUCCGGAAAAACCUUGUUUGUAAGCAGUGCGGCUGCGAGUGCUGAAGCCAAAAUUGAAACCUUAUCGUCAUCGGCCACAAGAUUUACUCGAAAGCCUGUGCCUUCCUUCGAAGAUGUUCUUCAAAGUGAGGCGAAUGACGUAGAAGUCUCGUAUCCGAAAAUGAUGGAUACGCAUAGUUAUGACCAAGCUCCCAAUCGUUUCCAAAGUCCCUCCAAAGGUAUCAUUCGAAGGACUCGAGCGUCUACUGAAAAGGAAGAGAAACGCAAAGAAGAGGCUGCUAGAGAGGCUAAAGAAGCCAAAGAAGCGCAAAAGAUGAAUGACCAAUUGGAGAAGGCACGCAUGAAGGUCAAAGAGGACGCACGUGUUUAUCAUCAAGAGCAAGAGCGAGCGGCAGCCAUUCAGAGGGAGGUGACUGCCCGAAAAGAGCAAGAGAAAUUGGCAAAGUCGACUCAAGUUGACGUGCAAAGGGCAACUCGAAGUAGUCCACGGAGAACGAAGGCUCAAUUGGAAGCAGAGGCCAUGGCAACGGCGGCAGCUUCAUCUUUGAAAGCAUCUUCUAGUAGAGAUAUCGAUAUGACCGAUGCAUCGGCGUCAAUGCCGCCGCCUUCUAUUCCAAGACCAAAGUCUCAGAUCGGGCGACCACAGGCCAAGCGACCCUUAAAACCAGUAAAAGACACUGCUCCGAAAGCUAAGGCGCCAGCAACUGUUAUACGGGUUGACACUGGCUCCUCACGUGGUCAGCAGUAUCACCCAUCUAAUACAACACUUGCGGCGACCUUAGAACAGUCAUUACAAAGUUCCCAACCUGGACACCUACGCAAUAAAGCUAGCAACAGUUCAAUACAAAGUAAAUCCUCCACGAAUAGCUUCAAAGCACAAGCCAAUAAAGCUUUGGAAGCUGCCGCAAGAAAGAAGGAGGCGGACGAACUUGCUGCUCAACAGAGAAGGGACGCAAGGUUGGAAAUGGAACGUCAACGAGCCGCUAGCAAGGAAGAGCAAAGACGCCAGAAUGAGCUCACUAUCAAACGUGACCAAGAGCGUCAACGGGAACAGCAAAAGGAGAUAACUCUGAGUGAGGCUAAUAAAAGAGCCAUCGAAAGGGCGAAGCAAAAGAGAGCUCCGCCUCCCGCUAUCAGACCUCAACAAAAUACCGAUCAAUGGCUUGAUAAGUCAUUGCCACCGGUUCCACCCCAAAGAAAUGAUCUAGGCGGACAAGCGAAAAGCACCCGUAUCAACACUGCAAAAGCACCACCAAAGAGACCUUUGCAGGAAAACAACGAAGAGGCUGCUCGUCCAACAAUGCAGCGGACUGCGCCCCCAAAUCAUGGUGAUUCCCGCAGCAAACGCCAAAGGACCAACGAGUUCCUCGAUGAAGAAGAUGAAUUGACGGAGUCUCAUCCUAAAAUGACUGCUCCCCCAAUUCGGCAGUCUAGCAUUCGUCCAAAGGAGAUGCCUACAAAGUCAUUGUUUGCAAGCGGAUAUGCCCACGCUCCACCGCCUGCUAAUUUGCAAAGAUCUACUAUCGUGUCACAACACCAAAACAAAAUCGGUAACCCCAUGGAUAUGACUCAGGUCUCCAAAGGAGCCAUCCCAUUUGCGUCGAGCUCGAAUGGACAGUCAUACAAAACACCAGCACGUACUGCAAGUCAUGCCUCAGCAAAAGCAGCAAGAUCUGCAGCAAAAUCCUCGCCACGAUAUGAGAAUGGAGAAAACAUUGUUCUCCCCGAAAUACCUAGUGAUAGCGAAGAUGAAGAGGACGAAGAUGACGAAAAAGAAAAGAAGGAGUUUCAAGGUCUUGGCUGGACAGAUUCUCCCGAAAUACGCAAACAAUUGGCACUUCAAGAAUCCAUUGAUCCAUCUAAGAUUUUUGGACGACCCCAGGCCUUGAAUAUGGAAGAAGUGUUUGAUAAAAGCAAGGAUCGAUUCCACAAAUUUAGGGCUAGGACAUCCAGUGCUAACUGGAGUGGCUCCGAUCGCCUUACUGAAGAGGAGGUGCGUAAAGAUUUGGAGGGACGAGAUCGUGUAAGAAGGCAAGGUGGAUGGAGCUACGAUACCUCAUUUUGA